AAAAUGCACCUCCUCGCACUCGGAUCGGAACGAGGAAUGAGAAAUUUGCUCAAAUCAAAAUAGAGGAUGAUGGCUGAGCUGAACUGGCUGAAGCUUGAAGCGCUGGAGUGGCCGUGGACUUGCGAUUGAUAACUUUACAACGCUGCCAAGAUGUCUGCGAGCGACGCCGCAGGACUGACAAAGACAUGGGAGCUGUCCCUGUACGAACUGCAUCGGACGCCGCAGAAUCCGGUCACCGACAACUCGGAAAUUGCCGUGUCCCCGCGCAGUCUGCACAGCGAAUUGAUGUGUCCGAUUUGCCUGGACAUGCUGAAGAAGACGAUGACCACGAAGGAAUGUCUGCACCGAUUCUGCUCGGACUGCAUAAUCACGGCCCUGCGCUCCGGAAACAAAGAGUGUCCGACCUGCCGCAAAAAACUGGUGUCCAAGCGCUCUCUGCGUCCAGACCCCAACUUCGACUCGCUCAUCCAGAAAAUCUACCCCAGCAGGGACGAGUACGAGGCCCACCAGGAGAGGGUCAUGGCCAAACUGAACAAGAGCCACAGCCAGGCGGCUCUGAUGAGCAACAUAUCUGAAAGCAUCAAGCUGCAGAACCAGAACCGGCCUCUGCGUCGUCCAAAGGGCAACGAGGCGGACACCACCAGUUCGACUCCGACGGGCACGGCGCCCUCCACGCCCAACCCCCCGUCAGAGGCCCACGGGAGCUCCAGCCACGCCCCCAGCCCAGUCCCUGCGUCCUCCUCCGGACAGCAGCAGCAGCAGCUACAACAACAGCAACAACAGCAGCCCAAUCAGCAACAAAACAAACCAAAGAAGCUGAAAGUCAUGUCGUCAGACGACUCUGGAUCUGAUAUGGGCCAUGAGUCCACUGGCGAGGGAGAGAAUUCGUCCGACCAGUCGUCCAACGAAAUUGAGCUGGUCUUCAAACCGCACCCAACGGAAAUGCCCAAUAACGCGGCAGUGAAGUCCCUCAAGGAGAACUCAAUACGGUUCUUGAAAACCACUGCAAAUGCUACUGUGGACCACUUGAGCAAGUACUUGGCCAUGAGAAUUGCUAUCGACCUGCACUCGGGACCCAAGGAGAGUCUCAUCAACUUCUGCAUCUACAUUUCACCAUCACCUGGUCAAUAUGUUGUCCUGAGUGGAAACCAGACCCUGAGUCAAGUCAUCGAGCGCUUCUGGAAGGUCAAGGACCCUCUGGAAAUGUUUUACUCGUGGAAAGAUUCAUAGAUUAUGUGAAAAUGUAUGAUCUGAAAUAUUGUGAAUAUAAAAUAUUGUUGUAUGUAAUGGUCCUAGCAAUUAAGGUUUGAAAAAUGAGAGCUGCUUGAUUUUUUGAUACUUAAAUACACUAAAAUACAUAAAAAGUC